AUGGGAACGUUUUUAAAUAAAAGUAAAAUCCUGGAACACCGAGGCCACCUGAGCCAGCCGCAAGUGGAGGCGGCCGGAGACGACGUACGUGGACCGGACCGGGUGCUCGGCGUCCGCGCGCUGACCGGCUGCGUCCUGUGCGUCCUGAUCGUCUCCACUCUGCUGGGCAACACGCUGGUCUGCGUCGCCGUCGUUAAGUUCCGCCACCUGCGCUCCAAAGUCACCAACUCCUUCGUGGUGUCGCUGGCGGUCUCCGACCUGUUCGUGGCCGUGCUGGUGAUGCCGUGGCGCGCGGUCUCCGAGGUGGCCGGCGUCUGGUUCUUCGGGCGCUUCUGCGACACCUGGGUGGCUUUCGACAUCAUGUGCUCCACCGCGUCCAUCCUCAACCUGUGCAUCAUCAGCAUGGACCGCUACUGGGCCAUCUCCAGCCCGUUCAGGUACGAGCGCAGGAUGACACGCAGGUUCGCCUUCCUGAUGAUCGGCGUCGCCUGGACGCUCUCCAUCCUCAUCUCAUUUAUCCCGGUGCAGCUCAGCUGGCACCGCGCGGACAACUCCAGUCGCGCCGGCUCGGGCGACUGCAACGCCAGCCUGAACCGGACCUACGCCAUCUCCUCCUCGCUCAUUAGCUUCUACAUCCCCGUGGUCAUCAUGGUGGGCACGUACACGCGAAUCUUCCGCAUCGCGCAGACCCAGAUAAGACGCAUCUCCUCUUUGGAGAAGGCUCCAGAAGCCCGCGCGCAGACGCAGCGGCUCUCCACCUCGACGCACAACGACAGCACGCUGAAAACAACCUUUAAGCGGGAAACCAAGGUUCUAAAGACGCUCUCCAUCAUCAUGGGGGUGUUUGUGUUUUGCUGGCUUCCGUUUUUUGUCCUGAACUGCGUGGUGCCGUUCUGCAACGCGGACCAGCCCGGAGCCGCGCCGUGCGUCAGCGACACCACUUUCAGCAUCUUCGUGUGGUUCGGCUGGGCCAACUCGUCUCUGAACCCGGUGAUUUACGCGUUCAACGCGGACUUCCGGAAGGCCUUCUCCACCAUCCUGGGCUGCAACCGAUGCUGCUCCGCCUCGGCGGUGGAGACGGUGGACUUCAGCAACGAGCUGGUGUCCUAUCACCACGACACCACGCUGCAGAAGGAGCAGGUGACGACGGGGCCCGGGCCGCAGAGAUUCGUCCCGGCGCGCACGGCCGGGGAGCUUCAGGUGAACUUCGACAAACUUUCCGAAGAUCCCCGGAACCAGCGGGAUCUGCUGCUCCCCGCCCUCCUGCAGUUUGAGGGCGAGCCGGAGAUCUCUUUGGACAUGAUGCCCUUUAACUCCUCAGAGCUCAACGACUGCUGCGUUAUUCCCGGUCAGAUCCAGGACCUCUGAGGGUUUUCAGACACCAAGCCGAGAUGAACUAUUAUCUGGAAAUAUAUCAGAUUAUUUUAGAAGAUGUAUCACCAUAAAUUGUCUUCCCCCCUUUUUUUUGUAUUUUAUCUGGCUCCUCUGCAAAGCCAUUUACUUGAGUGAACACAUCUCAAUCAGAUAGAAUAUUAAAAAUAUAAUCAUUUGCUUUAAUUAUUAGAUUCAAAAACGAAUCUCAUAAACUGACCCAUACACACAGAAUUACAUAUUUUAGGUGUUUCUUGUCAUGACUGUGACCUACACACACAUGGCCUUGACAGUGAUGGACGGUAAGCCACCAAAGUCAAAAAUCAACACUCAAAAUGGAUAUAUUACACACUGGAAUUCAAAGUUUGUGUGAAACUUCUGUUACUUCUGUGGCAUCCUCUCUCAAUUUUUUAAUGCUCAAAUUUCACACUGGCUCUUCAAAAACCUUCUUGUAACAACUUUCUUAUGCCUUUCUCUCUCUCUCUGAACGAGACUCAGAAAGUCUGCCAUUGAACAAACUACUGAUAAAUCUAUUGUGCAUUUCUUAAAUUAGACACCCCCAACGCUUCAUUCUUUUAUUAAAUUUAUAAUAAUGACACAGCAGCUGAUGCAUUUCAAUACCGACUGUAAAUAAUUUWAUAUCUACAAGCUUAUUGUUGCCAAUUGAAAGCAAACCCCGCAAAAAAAAAAAUUGUUUUAUACCAACAGAUUAAUGCACAAAACCCCCGAGAGGGUGUCUGGGUAAUUGAUGCUCUUCCAAUUUAUAUCUCGUUGUUUGAUGUGAGUGUUGCCGUCUUUGAUAUGUUAAAGACGUCUCAUAGAUGGAAGGAUAAUUGGCAGCAAUUAUGUCAUUAAUUUCUAAGGCUGAUUGCCUCUUCAUGUAAUUGUCGGGGCUUCGGGUCGGCCACCUCAUGCCAGAGAAAUUAGAAUGAAGCACAUCUCCGGUUUUGGCUUUAACUGAGAAUCUGAAUGUUUCAUUGUUUUUGUUCUCUACAUCCUCCAUUUCUCAUGUAAAUCUAUAAACAAUUUCRCUUUCCAGAAGGGGUACUUUUGCAGAAGGUAAAAUGGAAUCUGCAAACCAUCGGCUUUGUUGCUGAAAGGACGGAGUGGCCGAGUCCGAGUCCGAGUCGAAGUCCCAAUUAGUUUAAUUUGUACAGAAACAAAAGCUCUUUAAUAAAACACACUCUUAGCCAAAGGGGUUUAUCAAAGAAAGAAAAUGAAAYAGUAAAAAAGUGAAAAUGCCAGAAAGUAUCCAUGUCAUAAAUGAAACUGUUGUAAUUGAGAGACGGAAACGCUAAGAAACCAACUUUGCUGAUUUCUUUCCAAAGCAGAAAAAAGUUGAACUUGCAUGAUCAAUUAAAGAAUAAUAUUAGAUUGAUUUUAAUUCAGAAAAAAGUUGAAACGUACAGAAAAAAAAAAAAACUUCCUUAACUACAUUUUUAUUUUAAUUGGUUCAGGGGAAAAAAAGGGAACCUGGAAGUUAUUUAACCUCGACUCCUUUCAUCUGCCCCACAUGUUCCCUUGUGAACAUCAGAAAACAAGAUGACAUUCUGAUUUUUUGCUUUUUAUUUUUUUACCUGUGAAUCAGAGAGCUGGAACCAUUAAACACAGGAGCAACAAAAAAGGCCUUACAGUUGAGGCGUCUGGAUGUCAUUGUUCAGUGCUGCACUCGGAGGCUGUGUGCACUGGUCCAAGACUCCACACUGGGGCAAUGAUCUCUGGCCUGAACAGAGAGCAGGAAACAUGGACAAAGGUGAUACUCAAGUUGCUGCUCUUGGUCGACCUUUCACCUUAGGCAUGCUUUAUGAUGCUAAUAAAGACCAAAUCAUCCCAGGUAAGAAUGAACUUCUUUAUGUCUAUUACAGCUGCACAGCUACGCUAAUUAGAGAUGUUGCCAAAUCUCUAAUUAGAAUAUUUAAUGUAAAACAUACUCAUAGAUUUGUAUAUAAGAAGGAACAUAAGUAAUGCGAACGGUGCUGCGUUUGGAGAGAUACCACUGUAGUUGCAGGAACAUAAAAGUUCCGUCACUUCUGUUUUUUUUUAG